AUGAAUAUUCAUUCGAUAUAUUUCAAAAAUACCCACACAAAACAUGCUAAAAUCGAUCCUAAAACAAAAUAUCCGUAUACUAUAUACACUACCCAACCCACCGAAAACUCUAAAGCUGAUGCCCCUAUUUUUAAUGCUUCAACGUUGAUCCUCGAAACGUUCCAAG